GACUAUUGCAGUAGUAGGUAUGGCUGGCCAGGUCUUCGAAGAUGCGGCCUUCCAGUUUCCAGGGCUUCUCCUGGAUAUCUUCAAUGCUGCAAGAUAGUGCUCUCUUCAAGCAUAGUCUGUCGCUAGCCUCUCCAUAAUAACUUCGAGGUUGUUGGCGAUGCGGAUUGUGGGGAUGCGAGGAUUUGCUCUUGGAAUCUCCUCCCCUGGACAUGUCCGAUGCAAGAGACGUCAGGAUGUGUUCUAGCCGACUCGCCGACACCUCGUAGCCGAAGAACCCUUGUCCUGCCGCACUUUGCCACCGACAGUGGUGGGUAAGUCUUUAUCCGCCACCUGGAUCUACCUUUCAAGCCCAUGGAAGAUCCACGCCUGACUCGAUCCUCACGGCCAGUCGCUGGCGGUGAGGCCCCAUGGGCCUGCUUUGGCUUACUUGUGGAGUUCAAGGGCGGAGAAUCUUUUCAAGCUGUGCCAACUCUUCUUCCUCGGUGGAAUUGAGGAUUCUACUCCCCGGCCUAUCACUUUGUUCGUAACUACUACUUAAUACGCUUCUCCGCCACUUCCCCAGAUCUUGUGUUCUUCCUCCAGAUCACUAUCUCCUAAAUCUUUUCAUUGUUGCUUAUAAUCAGCACAGGUUGGCACAAUGGGUCUCCUCACUUUGAUCGAAGACAGGCCAACACCAAAAUGUGUCUACAACUGGCGAGUUUAUCUCCAAGCAUUUGUCGCGGCCUCAGCUGCCAUGAUGAUUGGCUAUGACAGUGCUUUCAUCGGAGGAACCCUCGCGCUGGGUUCAUUCAAGGAUGAAUUUGGCUUCGACGACCUCUCGAAAACCCAGGUCAACCUCCUUAGCGCCAACAUCGUGUCCUGCUAUCAAGCUGGCGCCUUCUUCGGAGCCUUCUUCGCCUACCCUGCAGGCCAUUUCCUCGGUCGCAAAUUCGGGCUGCUCAUCUUCAGCACCGUGUUCUGCCUCGGCGCAGGCAUCAUGCUUGGAGCUACUGGUUCCCGCGGCCUCGGCCUCAUAUACGGCGGAAGAGUGCUUGCAGGUCUUGGUGUGGGCGGUGCAUCCAACCUCUCUCCCAUCUAUUGCUCCGAGAUCGCUCCCCCUGCAAUCCGUGGCAGGUUGGUGGGAUUGUAUGAACUGAGCUGGCAAAUCGGUGGCUUGGUUGGCUUCUGGAUCAACUACGGCGUCUCCGAGACUAUGGCACCUUCGCACCAUCAGUGGCUCAUCCCAUUCGCUAUCCAGCUCAUCCCCGCCGGACUGUUGUUUGUGGGUGCGCUUGUUAUCAAAGAAUCUCCCCGAUGGCUUUUCACUCGAGCUCGUCGCGCGGAAGCCAUCAAAAACCUGUGCUGGCUGCGUCAACUGCCUGCUGACCACGUCUACAUGAUGGAAGAGAUCAUGGCCAUUGACAAUGCCAUCGAACACCAACGCAGCACAGUGGGUAUGGGCUUCUGGCAGCCUUUCAAGGCCGUCAUCAACAACCCUCGGGUCACAAAACGCUUCCUCCUCGGUGGUGCUCUUUUUCUGUGGCAAAACGCCACAGGCAUUAAUGCGAUUAACUAUUACUCUCCAACUGUGUUCAAGUCUAUCGGCAUUACGGGGACGAACACCUCUCUGCUAACGACUGGUAUCUUCGGCGUCAUUAAAACCAUCAUGACCAUCAUCUGGCUUUUCUUCCUUAUCGACAAGCUUGGCCGUCGCAAUCUGCUCAUCUGGGGUGCGAUCGGCGGCUCGUUAUGUAUGUGGUACAUUGGCGGAUAUAUCGCAGUCGCGAAGCCAUGGCUGGCACCCACGACAGGCGGUAGCCUCUCCUCGGGCGGCAUUAGCGCCAUGGUGUUCUUCUACCUCUGGACAGCAAUAUACUCACCCUCGUGGAAUGGAACCCCGUGGGUCUUGAACUCGGAGAUGUUCGACCAAAACGUGCGAACACUGGCUCAAGCCUUUGCCGCAGCGAACAAUUGGUUCUGGAACUUCAUCAUCGCCCGCUUCACUCCCCAGAUGUUCGCCACCAUGUCCUACGGGGUCUACUUCUUCUUCGCCUCCAUGAUGCUGUGCUCGGUUGUGUUUGUCUGGUUCUUGAUCCCCGAAACCAAGGGAAUCCCGCUCGAAGCGAUGGAUCGUCUUUUCAGCAGCAAAGAAUUCCCGGCUAGAAAGGCGCACAAGGUCAUUCUUGAUGAACUUCGUGCCGAGGAUCGCGAUUUCAGACGUUUGAGCGUCAACAACGAGAAGGAAAAUGUCGAACAGCGGGAGACAACUUCCCGUGAUUCGCAACACUUUGAGAAGGUGUAGGCCACGUCCUGCUAUUAGUGGGUUUUUGGUGAUGUACAGAAUUUGGCUCGGUUCGGAGAGCGUCCCUGAUGGGAGGACACAAGACUUGGGCAUGACAAGAUGCCUUGUUGAGGGCCUAUAUUUCGCAUAUGCCUUAUCGAAAUGAUGCGCUGAAUACUAGUACGGUUACAGAUUUCUGCAGCGAAGAUUGUUUUACGACAAAGGACGUUGGAGUUUACUACUUACUGCAUGGGUUUCCAGCCGGUAUCUCACUGCUAGAAUCUUUGCUUUCCUCACAGGGCCUACCUAAGUACUAGUAGGGGGCCUUCCCGAAGUCGAUGCAUAACAAACCCUGGUUGAGCGUUUUCUGUCACAAAGAAGG